AUGGUACCUCAAGCUUUGUCAGUGCCUGCCAGUGCCAGCUUCACCAUAGCUUCUCGCACCAGAAGUCCCUCCCACCUUCUAGUUUCUCACAGAAACCGGUGUUCGAUAGCUUCUUCUGUUCCUAGUCCAUAUGGCCAUUCAUCAGAAGUUGGGUUAUCAAGUAAAAGCCGCGGCUUUCCUUUAAAAUUUGAUGAGAAAAAUAUCCAUGGUGCUAGUACAAGUUGUGGUGCAAUUGAAGCCAAGAAGGGGAACCCACCAAUAACACCAGCAGUGAUGACUCCUGCAGGACCACUUGAUCUGUCAUCUGUUUUGUUCAGGAAUCGCAUAAUAUUCAUAGGACAGCCAGUCAAUUCACAAGUGGCUCAGAAAGUUAUUUCACAGCUUGUGACUCUUGCUGCUAUUGAUGAAAAAGCAGAUAUACUGGUAUAUAUAAAUUGCCCUGGUGGAAGCACAUAUUCGGUGUUGGCAAUUUACGAUUGCAUGUCUUGGAUAAAGCCCAAGGUUGGUACGGUGUGUUUUGGAGUAGCUGCAAGCCAAGGUGCACUUCUUCUUGCUGGAGGAGAGAAGGGAAUGCGCUACGCAAUGCCAAAUGCUCGCAUAAUGAUACAUCAACCACAGAGUGGAUGUGGGGGUCAUGUUGAGGAUGUCAGACGCCAAGUGAAUGAAGCCGUUCAAUCUCGCCAUAAAAUUGACAAGAUGUAUAGUGCUUUUACCGGGCAGCCAUUAGAGAAGGUGCAACAGUACACAGAGAGGGACCGUUUUCUGUCUGUUUCUGAGGCUUUGGAGUUUGGUCUUAUUGAUGGCGUCCUGGAAACAGAGUAUUGA